CCGGAACCGCCGCCGACGGCCAUCGGCGGGUAUUACGAUAUUGCCGUUUCUGGAGGCAGCGUGUGCGUGUUGGAAAGCAGUGCGAUAUCCCAUUGAAACUCGCACUAUGAUCUCCGUCAUCUUGUUCCCGGAUGAAGGUCAUCGAUUUGAUGCCCUGUGAAGAUAACUUGCAACACAAAAGAACACCUGGCGCCGGCGCCCACACGCAAUAAACUUGGCUGUGGCCGCAACCUGGGAGGAAAAUUAGAUCGAGGUGAGGAGGUGUGGUUUCAAUGGCACAAGUGUUUCUAGAAAUAUUCCGCUCCUUCCACCCGAAUAUUCGCGUAACUGCGAUGGCCACCUUGAUGGAGGGUAUUAGUAAGUACUUGUUUUGUGGUAUCUUGCAGUUUUAUUGUUCGGAACAAUAGACCUCUGAUUUCUAUGGUCGGCACAACGACAGUAUCGAACGUGGAGUGCUGACACAGGGUGAUAUUCUUCUCGUCCUCCUGCAGCUUCAGUGAUCCGAUGUGCAUCACGUCGCAGGCUUUUGUCUUCAAGACCUUCUGCGCCGAACUAAUUGUAAAACACAACAUCUUCACUAUCGAGGCGCCGCGCUGCUCCGGGCGGGGCGGUGUGGUGCGAUUCUGUAUGACGACCCGAUGGCCACGGCGCUCGCCCGCGACUCGUGCGACUUGAAGUUUCUGACGGACACGAUCUUGGCGCCGCUCGGCUACGUCGCGGGCGUGUCGAUGCAGUCCCCCUACCACUUGCUGGAGCCGGCCGUGAGCUAUGUGAUUUCAAAGUUCCGGCAAAACGGAACUCUAGACCGCCUGUACAACAAGUGGUUCAAGGAGAUCGGAGUUGUCUGCGAGGAUUCCUCCGAAGUGUACCACAAAACCAAGGACGACCUGCAGUAUGCAUUGCAAAUGUAAUAUAUAAUGACGCUUGGGUCGGCCUCGGCGGGAUGACUUGUGAUGCGCGACCUUGAAGAAAUUAUAAUGCCGAGUUUUGUUUUGUCGUCCUGCAGGGCAGUCGUGUGCAAAAGGAACACAAAUAUAAUAAACAAUGCGCAAUAUUAGUGCGCACAUUCAUAAGGUGUUGUUCUCAUGCUCGUCGUGAUCUUAUAGCGUGCAAGAUUAUAGAACCCACUCUAUAGUGCCGCGAGAUGUUGACCACUCAGCAUGAUCGCCUGCUGCAUCUUCUCAGACGACCACCCAGACAUCAUCAAAUUGGCUCUGCAUACCCCGGCGGACUUGUCGAAUCUUGGCGGCCUGUUCGUGGUGUACCUCUUCUUCGUGUUUGCCGGCUUGGUGCUAUCAAAAGGAAAAAUCCCCCCUCCCCAUAUCAAAACGAAGUUUCUGAUGCUGGAUUUGCGUACGCAAAUCAGAUUUGUCUUGCUGGAGAGGACUGCAGGCCUAUAUCAAGCCUGAUAUCAGGUUUUGGCCUAGGCACUUAGCAUGAAAACGUCCGCACUGUAGGCCCAACAGCAUGACAAACCGGCUGCAUAAUUCCGCGGAGCCCGUCGAGUUGCCUUCUUGGCAACUUGUGGCCACACAUCAGCAACGCGACUUGUGGCCAGACGCGACUUGUGGCCACACAUCAGCAACGCAAAUCUGCGAAAACGUUCCGCGUCAAUAUGGAGAAGAGGGGGUUUUCCUCGCGAUAGGUGCUCGCUUGGACGGUGAACACCCAGCGGAAACUGGCAAGAAUCGCGGACCAAGUCAGCCGGCAUAUCAAACGUAAAAGUGUCUGGGUCUGGAAGAAUGCAACUUGUCAUGCUAAAUCUGAAUGAGGCAAAAAAACUGUGUUGCGUGAUUGCCACAAGUUGUGCACUUUUGACCUAAUCGAGAGGCAGUUUCUCACGCAGGAUAGGCAUUGGAAAGGUUUUGCAGAAUCUGUCAUGCUAUGUCCUACAUACCAGACCUCAUGGGUUAUGGAAAACCUGCGUGACAAAUCUGGCAAUCUUCCAGACCCAGACACUUUUGCAAUCCAUACGGCAGGCGUCGUCGCCAAACCUGAAGAGCGUGGCCCGCGCCCUCGGCCGGCAGCUGGUGUCGCCCGCGCCCUCGAAACAACCGUCGGUCGAAGAUCAAGAAGGUCCUGCCGGUACUGAAGAUGCAGCGGCCGAGGACAACAGAAUAUUAAAUCCGGAUGCAGGUGUUGGACCACCGACAAGAAGCACUGAUGUGCAGCAAAAUGAAAAUGCGAACGACACAAGAACAACCCUGGAGGAAGUUGUAACAAGAACUCAAACUACUCCACCGCCCGAGCGCAGCGUGAGGAUCACUAGCGCAUCUACUCCUCAAGAUCAACAACGCUCAUCCGUUGUGGUGGACCAUGGUGCGGCUUCAGAAAAAAACGGACGCGAAACGGAAUGGCACCCAGCCGCCGGGGACGAAAAGUCACGACGUGAAACGUUGAUGUAGCAGCGUGUCGGCGGGGAACUGGUAGGAGAAGUUGCACAGCUACAAGCUGUGCCUAGCAGAAGUCUUAUGGAUGGAGCGAGUGGAACCGCUCAUCUUCAAGUCCCCGCCGUUAUUUCCCGGGUUGUCUAGAAGUGCGUGAAAUACUAAAAAGUUCUUGCAGUGGAGAGG